AAUGCUGUUGCUGCAGGCUUUAAUGAACAUAAUCGUGAGAGGAGAAAUAGAGGAGGGGCAGGAGCACCUCAGGAUCUCACCAACAGCAUCACUUUAAUCUCAACCAGAGAGAGAGAGAGAGAGAGAGAGAGAGAGAGAGAGAGAGGAGUCAGUCAGCCAGUCAGACAAUGCUGAAGCUGGUGUGGUUUUGAUUGCUGUUUCUGAGCCAGUGAAGGUGUUUGAGGAACAAAAUGUUAAAUAAAGCGUAAAAGAAAGAAAAAGGGAAGAGGGGGGAAAAAAGGGGGUAAAGAAAAGGAGUCCUAUAGUCUGCUUAGCAUGCGACUAUGUCCCUGGUGUGUGUGUGAGAUGUGUCUGCAGAUGAACAAGGAAUUUCGGUCUGGAAUGUCUCUCAGCUAACCUCAGGGCACCUCCAAGAACAUAUACCUCACCAUGCUGGGAAAGGACUACAUGCUCGCCAUCAUCAUAGUCAAUUAUGAAGAUGAAAUCUGGAAUGAUCAAAGUCUGACGCUGGAUUCAGACCUGCCUCCAGGAUGGCGCACUAUACGGGACAGCACAGGUACCUACUACUGGCACGUGCCUUCAGGCACUACGCAGUGGCAGCACCCUUCAUACAGCACAGAGGACGAACAGAACAUCAGCCAAGGACUCCCAGCUAACCAGCCCAAGAAUGCUGGAGCAGAUCUGAGGUGUGAGUUGAGGGGGAACUUAACAGAAAGCCCCAUGCAUUCCAUCAGUGAUGGAGUGUCCUGGCAGGAAGAAGCCUUCUGUGCAAACAUGGACCCUGACUCCAAGUGUUUUGCAGUACGCUCAAUGGGAUGGGUGGAGAUCCCAGAGGAGGAACUGGCUCCAGGGAAAAGCAGUUUGGCAGUCAAUAACUGUAUCCAGCAGCUCUCUCAGAGUAAAGCAGAGGGCCGUGAUGCUGUGGGAGCCUGGGGAGAGGGUCAAGACAUGAUGAUGGUGCUCAAAAAGGACACACUUAGCCUCCUGGACCCCAUAGACCGCAGUCUCAUCCACUGCCAACCCAUCAUCAGCAUUCGGGUGUGGGGGGUGGGCUGCAACAAUGGCAGAGACAGGGACUUUGCCUUUGUGGCCAGCGAUAAAGACACAUGCAUGCUGAAGUGCCAUGUGUUCCGCUGCAACGCACCAGCUAAGACCAUAGCGUCUACCCUGCACGAGCUGUGCACCAAGAUGAUGGCAGAGAAGUCAGCAAUGCCACCAUCUGUGACACGAUCACUUACAAUGGAGAGUAUUUCUCCUGAGGAUCUGCCUUACCAAGUGAACUUUUUAGAUGCAGUAAGGCAAAAAGUUCAGAAAUUUGAGGUUGAGUACAUUGGAAAUUUGCCUGUUUCCAGAGCGAUGGGGAUGGAGGUGCUGAACAGGGCUAUUGAGAGCAUCAUGCACUCCAGGGACAGAGACGAAUGGGAGUCGAUUGUCAUUCAUGUGUCAGACAAAGUGCUGUCCCUGUGGAGGGGAGAGGAUGGCGAGGACCCCUUUUGGGAAUGUCAGGUACGUUACCUGACCUUCCUCGGUGUCGGUCAUGACACACAUACCUUUGCAGUGAUAGUGGACGCCGGAACCCAACGCUUUGAGUGUCAUGUCUUCUGGUGUGAACCUGACGCUGGGAUCAUUUCGGAGGCGGUGCAGGCGGCAUGCAUGGUGCAGUACCAGAAGUGCUUGGUCGCACAGACACCACCAUUGAGGCCAAAAAUGUGGCGAGCCGGCUCCAAAGUUAAACGCGCCAACUCCAUGGAUGGCUCCAGCUUCCCUCCUUGCCACCAAGGAUACACACAGCCCAAAAUGGCUUCCUCGAGCAUAAAGAAAGGCAUGCUAGCAUUUUUCGAGACAUUCCGAAAUAAACCUCCUGUGGUUCCUGCACCAUAGAAUGUGAGUGGACAAAUGGAGGAAAUUAAGGGUUUGGGUAGGGACAGGUUGCAAGAUGUAAAGGAUGAUAAAAGAUGAGGAAAGAUCAAAUAAAAUUGUUUUUUUAUUCCCCAGACAACUUAAAAAAAUUACAAAGGAAGGGGGAGAGGGGGAGCCACCCACACAUAGGAAGUACCUUUACUGCUUAUAUAUAUAUAUAUAUAUAUAUAUAUAUAUAUAUAUAUAUAUAUAUAUAUAUAUAUAUAUAUAUACAUAUAUAAAAGACUACAGCAGGUUAACAACUGUUAAAUGAGAACCCUGAGGUGCCGUGCGCUCACAUUCCAGUCUUGUUCUAAGGAGCAAAUCUAUCUAAAUACACAGAGUUGUGGGACAGAAAUCACCUUGACAAACCGUAAUCUAUUAUUCUGAUCUCACAGUAGGUCAAUGUAGUUUAACUGGAAACUGGAGACACUGGAGAUUGAGAAUGUAGAAAUGUAUCCCAGUGUUGAAACGUUCUAGACCCUUCUCCUGGGAAGUACAGGAUCAUGCGCAAUAACGUGUCUCCGCAUGUGACUUCUUCUUGAUCAAUAUUAAUGUAUAGGAUAGUGACCUAAUUCAAGUGUUUAGAGGUUAGCUAUGUUCUACUGUGUUCAAAUAGAACAAAGAUUUCACUUUCACUCGUGAACCUUCAUCCUGGUUAAAUAUAAUACGGAUAACAUCUAGCGUCCUGUUACUCAGAGAACUAAAGAAGCAAGUCAGAAUUACACAAGUAUUAAAUCCACAAAGAAUUGUUUGCGAUUUGCAAAACCAAUGUAAGGAAUGAAAUAAUCCAUAAAAUCUUAAAAAGACAAAGAAUGCAUUAUUUGACUGUGUUUUCUGAUACCUAAGGCUCGGUGGCACAGUCGCAUGCAUUUGCACGUGCUUUGGAAUGACAGGCUUUGCUAUGGGCACAAUCUAAAAAAAAAAAAAAAGAACUU